CGGGGCGUUGCGCGAAGGCUGGAGGGAGCGUGGCCGUCUGGCUCGCACUAGUGGUUCUGCGGCGGGAGGCCCCGGGGGCGCAGACAUGCCUCGGUAUGCGCAGCUGGUCAUGGGCCCGGCAGGCAGCGGGAAGAGCACCUACUGUGCCACCAUGGUCCAGCACUGUGAAGCCCUCAACCGGUCCGUUCAAGUCGUGAACCUUGAUCCCGCAGCAGAACACUUCAACUACUCCGUAAUGGCCGACAUCCGGGAACUGAUCGAAGUGGAUGACGUCAUGGAGGACGAUUCUCUGCGGUUCGGUCCCAAUGGAGGAUUGGUAUUUUGCAUGGAGUACUUUGCCAAUAAUUUUGACUGGCUAGAGAGCUGCCUCGGCCACGUAGAGGACGACUACAUCCUUUUUGACUGUCCAGGUCAGAUUGAGUUGUAUACGCACCUGCCCGUGAUGAAGCAGCUGGUCCAGCAGCUGGAACAGUGGGAGUUCCGAGUCUGCGGAGUCUUCCUGGUCGAUUCCCAGUUCAUGGUGGAGUCGUUCAAGUUCAUUUCUGGCAUCUUGGCAGCUCUGAGUGCUAUGAUCUCUCUAGAAAUCCCACAAGUUAACAUCAUGACGAAAAUGGACCUGCUGAGUAAGAAGGCUAAGAAGGAAAUUGAGAAGUUUCUAGAUCCAGACAUGUAUUCUUUAUUAGAGGACUCUACAAGUGACUUAAGAAGCAAAAAAUUCAAAAAAUUGACUAAAGCUAUAUGUGGACUGAUUGACGACUACAGCAUGGUUCGGUUCCUGCCGUACGAUCAGUCGGACGAAGAGAGCAUGAACAUUGUGCUACAGCAUAUCGAUUUUGCCAUUCAGUAUGGAGAAGACUUGGAAUUUAAAGAACCGAAGGAACAUGAAGAUGAGUCGUCUUCCAUGUUUGAUGAAUAUUUUCAAGAGCACCAGAAAGAAUAAAGAGUUUAUUUAAAAAGUAACUAUAUAUGUGAAGAGAGUUUGUGGCUGAACCAGCAAAACAUUUUUCUCAAAGGACGUAAUACUAGAAAGCUGCUUAUUUUCAUGAAAAAAGUAAUACGUGGCUCUUUAUCCACAGCACAGCUGAAUCAAGUUCAUAGUUAUUCUGAAACUGCUGCUGUUUAAAGUGGAAUCCUUUAGUGUUAUAUUUUUACAGCAUCAAUUUAGAUUUUAAAAGUUGAAAUUGAAAUGAAUGCACAUCGAUUUGUAUAUAAUGUAAAUUAGCGCCUGUGGUAGUUAGGACCAGGCUACCUUUAUUUUUUUCUGUUUGGCUUUUGUUAUAUUUCAAAGGUUUUUUUUUUCCCAUGGGCAGGAAUUAUUGUAACAAAAUAUACAUGUGUGUGUCCAUAGGUAAAACUCUGUAAGGGUAUAAAUAAGACCAUUAUUUAUUUGUCUUUCAAUUUUCCCAUGUUGAAAAUGUAUUGUUUGUAUAAUUAAAAAAUGAAACAUUACUAUGUUUUAAGAUAUAUGUAUAUAAGUAAAAUAAACAACACUGACUUCUUAUUACA